CGUGUUCUUUGUCGCUGCUGUACUUGUAGCUGCUUGCAGUCCGCUUCAAUAACAACACCCGCCGCUCUACCAGCGUGGCUUACCUCUAAGGUCGGCCAAUUUCACUGUGUUUCUCUCUGGAUUGUGUCGACAUUUCUUCUGACAACGUAACGAAUAAGAAACACCAUGGAGGAAGAGGAGCACUUUGUGAACAUAGACCUGAACGAUGACAACAUCUGCAGCAUCUGUAAACUAGAGACGGACACAGGAACACUUUCCUUCUGCCAUGUGUGCUUUGAACUGAGCAUAGAGGGUGUAUCCAGCGCCACCUUGCUGCACUCCAAAUCUCUACGUGGGCAUAGAGACUGCUUUGAAAAGUACCAUCUCAUCGCCAACCAGAAGCUCUCCCGCGCCAAGGCCUCCCACAGCACGUAUGAGGGCGUGAAGCGGGCCCUGAGCCAGCGAAUCAACCGCAUCAUACAGUACGCCCAGAACAGAGAUUCUGUAACCGCUGAGACACCCGGGCGCUGGGGGGCCAAACAGAUUCUGUGUCACACUCAGCAGGGCGGCAGGAAACUUCUGCCCCAGUCCGACGCCCAGGUGCCCCGUUAUACCCCGAGAUGGGCGGAAGAGGCGUCGAUGGCGGAGUCAGAGUAUGGGAAAACCAUGCUGGACUGUCACUCUGCCGAGGAGCUCGGUCUCGGCCUGCUGCAGGGAUCACGCCAGGGCCUGUGGUCUGGAGACAGACACCACCCACGAGAACAACAGAACCGAGAGCAGAGAGACCUAGCCAGGCAGAGGAGACACACAGGGCACAGUCGAGAAGAGCUGGUGAGGAUGAGCGUGGAGGAGCUUCGCCAGCUGAACGAGCAGCUACUGCUGCAGAUACAAAAUGUGUUUGAAGAACUGUCUGGAGCUGUGCAGGAGAAGGACUCUCUUUCAUCAGAGCUUCAUGUACGGCACAUAGCCAUCGAGCAGCUCUUUAAAAACUGCGCCAAGCUGCCGUGGCUCCAGAUCGGGCGAGCAGGGGUCAAAGCUGGCAACAACCCAGUGGAGUGAGAGCUUUUUGGGGACAGCAGAGUCCCUCAAAGACCAAAAAGGAAGCGCAGACACUCACGGAAGCUCAAAUGGGCUGGAAACACACAACGCUGUGCUAAUGAGUUUAAAGUUUCCCCUCUCUAAAACCUGGCAUCUGAAUUUUCAGCAAAAGUACUGGACUUUGAAAGCGAAAGUGUCCAAAAAGUGUUUCUAUGCAGAAUGAGGCGUAAGGUUAAAAACCUUACAAAUACUCAUUUAAAUUUUUUCCGUGGUUCCAUUCAUGUUUGUUUUUAAUUCUUGGUAUCACUGUUAACUCUCUACACUUGAUCAUGUUGGGUGGUUAAUAGGCUUGGAUGAGUCUGACAGUGUUCCUCCUGCGCGUUCAGGCUUGCUGAUUGGUUGUGGUGUUGCUGUGGUAACUGUUGCUUAGUUAACAGUUUUUCCCCUCCCUCUGCUCAUUGCAGUGGAACUUGUUAAUGACAGUAGUUGUACCAUUACUCUCCUGUUGUGCUGAGGUUCAGCAUACGCGCUUUAGUGGAAGUUUACAUUUCUUUUGUUAUUGCACUCUUAAAACUGUGUUCAUUUCAUAGGUGCCCCCCUCCCGAUCACAACAUUUCACGGGUUACGAUUAAAAAUGGGCGUGAAAGUUUCAGCUGGUACACUCUGGUCUUUCACAAAUGUCAAGCACAGGCCUAAUUUUGCUUAGGCUUAACUCGGUGCUGGGAUUAAUGUUGGAGAGAUAGGAAUGCUCAACCAAAGCCUUUGUUACCUUAAGGUAACUAUUUCAGUAUUUAUUUUGUUAGGACAGUUAUUUGCUUGUUACAAAUAUUUAAAACUGAAUUAUUGUUUUUCUUUUCUGUAGCGUGUAGAGGUUGUUUUCUUGUGCUGUUAUAGUAUGGUUUCUUGUAUUUAGGGUCUGUGCAUAAACAAAGACUAGUCAGGGCAAAGUGAGCCUUUACCCAGCUGCCUUGAUUUCAGAUCAGACUGUGUUGCCAUCUGGUGGAGGUUCAGAGAAUCUGUCCACCCGCUGCCCUGAUGUGUGCAUGGUUAACUGUCUAUUAUGGUUCUAUGAAGUCUAUUAUCUCUAGAAUCUCUAAAAAAAAUAUUUUAGGAAAUCGAUUUUAAAUUCUGUUCUCUUUAUAAGAGAUACAUAUUCGACUGACCCCUCUGGGGUUUCUAAGAGUAUUUUAUUUUGUAUGUGUGUAUUCUGGUUAUGCGCUGAGAGGUCAAGUCGGCAAACUAGUAAUAAUGGUUCAGUUGUGGAAAAGAAGCAAUAUGUGUCUGUCUUGUUUGCUUUCUUGUAAAAUGUUUUAAUCUUUUGUUUAUGGUUGAUCCUGUGAUUUGACAAACAGGAGGUUGGAGAUACCGAAAUAAGAAGCACACUGCCCAAGUGUUUGUUUGCUGUGGAAAUACCGAAUGAACAACAUAAGUUGGAUGGGUUUCAUGUUCGUCUCGAGUGUGUUGCAUAUGUAGGCCAUGUGUUAAAAUGUUAACUUGAUUAUGGUGGUGUCAUUGAUGUCUUAUUAAUUUUUUUUUCAUGUUUAUUAUACACAUGUCUUAUUUUCCUUUUUAAUUUUUUUUUAAGAUUGUGUUGUGACAUUCAAGUGGUUUAUGCAAUACUGUUUGUUAGUGGAUCUUCCCAUCAGUUUAGAAGAUUUCUGAAUGCUUUUGUUUGGAGUGAUGUGUACAUUUUCUUUUUAGGGAAUGAAUUAAUAAAAAUAUUUUUCCUAAAA